CGCGGCCAAGCGGGUGGUGCCUGCCGGGUCGGACCCGCCGCGCUGGGCCGGGAAGGGGCAGCGGCCCCCUCGGAACGCGGAUCUGUCAGAGCCGCCCGCCGGCACCAUGGGCUGCUGCACCGGGCGCUGCUCGCUCAUCUGCCUCUGCGCGCUGCAGCUGCUCUCGGCCUUAGAGAGGCAGAUCUUUGACUUCCUUGGCUUCCAGUGGGCACCUAUUCUUGGAAAUUUUCUGCAUAUAAUUGUUGUCAUAUUGGGUUUAUUUGGAACCAUUCAGUACAGGCCUCGUUAUAUUGUAGUGUAUACUAUAUGGACUGCCCUCUGGGUCACCUGGAAUGUGUUCAUUAUCUGCUUUUAUCUGGAAGUAGGUGGGCUUUCUAAGGAUACAGAUUUAAUGACAUUCAACAUUUCUGUACACCGGUCGUGGUGGAGGGAACAUGGGCCUGGCUGUGUCCGAAGAGUGCUGCCUCCAUCGGCUCAUGGCAUGAUGGAUGACUACACAUAUGUGUCUGUCACAGACUGCUUCAUAGACUUCCAGUACCUAGAGGUCAUUCAUAGUGCUGUCCAAAUACUACUCUCGUUGGUUGGUUUUGUGUAUGCCUGUUAUGUGAUCAGUAUUUUCAUGGAUGAGGAAGACACCUUUGAUUUCAUAGGUGGACUUGAUGCACACUCCUACUUCCAAGAUCAUGUUGAGUUAAAGCCUGUAAACCUGUCGAAGUAAAUAAUGAUCUGAAAUAUACUGCUGCUGAUCUUGACUUAGAAGCAAGGCAUCGUCAACAGAACCUCUUUGCAUCAACCAGGUAUCACAUCUCACCUCUUCCAGAGAGAAUGAACUACACCUCCCUGAUUUCCCAUGAAUAAUGGAACUCUUC